AAAACAACAUUUCAUUGACUUGUGUUAUCAUCACACGAGUUGUUUGUGUGAAUUUUUUCGCAAUUAAAUAACAUUUUAUUUAUUUGACGAUACAAUGAAUUUAGUAUGGAUUUUGGUCUUAACUUUAUUGUUAUUUUCCAUGAAAUGUCGUUCAAUUGAUGUCAAAGACAUCAGCGAUGAUCCGAUUCUGGACCUAACAAGUGAUUUGGGAACAUCUGAGACAACCAAUACGGACAGUAUCAAAGUGGCUGCAGAGGUAUGCUCUCAAAAGUGCGAGAAAGAGAUACAGGAGCUCAGGAAAAAUAUGACUGACCUGUAUAUGGCGUUUCUAGUACUUCACGCCGAGUUUGCCCACAUUAACCAACACAUGAUGUUUCAUCAGAAGGCACUCAAACACAUUGCACUUAUGAACCAUAAGUCUACCACCGAUUCUCAUCAUAAAAAUGAUGAAUCUGUCAGUGAAUCAGACAUUGAAAGCAAUAGUCGUAACGACAGUUCAACUGUAAAGUCUUUAAUAAAAAAUUUAAAUGACUCAGACAGACAUCUCAACCAUCACAACAGUAGCGGACAUCAUGGACAUCAUCAGCAUAACCAUCAUAUUCACAAUCAUCCACAUAGGAAACACAAUUUAAACAGAAACCCUAGUGAUGACAAUAAAAAAGAUAAUAAAAACUCUUCAAUGGAGUUAUCUAAAGAACAGCUACUGACUAGUACUGAAGUGAACCGAAUUAAUGGUUCCGACGUUAAGAUUAAUCAAAGUAUAGCUGAUUCAUACGAUUUGCAUACAUCUGCUACCAAACAGUCUGUGGAAACCAUACAGUCAUUGGACAAAGAUUUCAAGCAAUGGUUCGACAAUAUGCUGCACGACAUCCAUCACAGCCAUAACAUGAACUAUACGGUGGUUAACGAGACGACACAGAAAUUCAAAAUUAACAAACGUAUUGAUCCAGCGCUCUAUAACCAGAGGAAGAUCGAUGAUAUGGAAAACUCGUUGAACUCCGAAAAUCUGAUAUUUGCCACCUGUUAUAUGAGAGCUAACCGACACAUAGCUCUUCUCAGUCAACAGGAUAUUGUCGGCACAAUCAAUCUGUGGCAACUCCGGCACAAUAGAGGACCACUGCAUAUGCACAUCAAAUUGAAGGGCUUUAAAGUAUYAUCACAUCACGAUCAUCAUAGCUCAAGACGACGUCGACGAGAUAGUAAUCUAAUGCCUGUCGAAGUGGAACCGGAGGACAGUAAUGGACAUCCUAUUGGCUACUCGCACAGCCAUGGAUUUCAUGUUCACGAAUCGGGAAAUUUGUCGCGUGAUUGUCAAUCAGUAGGUGAUCAUUACAAUCCGUUUAACUUAACACACGGCGGACCGUACGAUGUGGUCAGACAUGUCGGCGAUUUGGGCAAUAUUAGAUGUGACCGAAAUGGUCAGAUCGAUCAGGAAAUGUCAUACAUUGGCGUUUCACUGUCGGGCGAACACAGUAUUAUAGGSAAGUCAUUGGUGAUUCACAAUAAUGCCGACGAUUACGGUCGAAACUCCAACAGUCCGUUGAGUUCGACGAGUGGUAGUUCUGGCGUCAGAAUCGCCUGUUGUCUUAUCGAAGAAGUUGCGCAAUUGCCUCCUGAUUCAGAUUCGCAAAGUAGUAUUGGAUCAGUUGCUGCACCGGCACUGACUGUUACAACCAGAAGAAGGCGACGAAGUAAUUCACCUGAAAGUACACCAAUCAAUCGUAAUCGCAAUCGUUUUGAAGAUACAGAUUUGAGUGAAAUCUUGAAAAAGAUUACCAAUUAUGAGAAUGAACUCAAAGAUCGAGAUAUCAAUUGAUAAUUCAAUUGCAAUAACCAAACCAUCUCUAAAAUAUAUCUCCUAAAAAAUAUCCCAU